AUGGAAGCCAUGUCUAGCGGGCGGGAUGAGGAUAGCAGUGCGACCAUGAGCAUCAACAUCAAGAUGGAAAAUUGCUACGUGCCAAAUAAUAUCAACUACGGCACGGACCUGUGGCGUUCGUCCGUGCAUCAUCCUCAGCUAAAGAGUCUGAAUGUCGGCGGCAGUUAUUACCAGCAUCCGAGUCAGACAAGUGUCGAUCUUGGCUUCAAUGGAUUUCAACUAUCGCCGCUCGAAAUCGAGGCAUCUUCGCUGGGAAAUUUAUAUUCACUGUCGACACCUGGAUUCAAGUACGUGAAUGCCAACAACUCUCUGUUUCCGUCGAUGAGCGUCAACGUAUCCAUGUCGAUGUCAAUGGGAUACGGUCACCAUGCCAACCAGCAGUGGUCAGCAACGCCUGGCGGCCACCACCAGCACGACCAGUACCACGACCCGAACAUCUACCAGUACCGCGCCAUCAACCACGUCCCCGAGCCGGAGUCGCACGGGGGAUCGCAGCACGUUCCGGCAGCCGACAUGCUCGGCGCCGAGGUGCUGUAUAACAGACCGCAGAACUACCACGGCGCAUCGCGCUCGUUUGUCUCGCACUACAUGCUGAAGAAGGCGCGCGGCCUCUACCGGCAGAACGUCGGCGGCGUGCAGGAGAAGUCGUCAUCGUCAUCGUCAUCGUCGUCGUCGGCGGCGGCGAAGAUGAGCGGUGCCGAGAAGCCGAAUUUAUGUCGCAUCUGCGGCAAGAUGUACGCGCGUCCGAGCACGCUGAAGACGCACAUGCGCACGCACUCCGGCGAGAAACCGUACCGCUGCACCGACUGCAACAAGAGCUUCUCACAGGCGGCCAACCUGACGGCGCACAUACGCACGCACUCGGGCGAAAAGCCGUUCCACUGUCCGAUCUGCGAUCGCCAGUUCUCGCAGAGCUCCUCGGUGACGACGCACAUGCGCAUUCACUCCGGCGAGCGGCCCUACCGCUGCCGACUCUGCUCGAAGUCGUUCUCCGAUAGCUCAACGCUGACGAAGCAUCUUCGCAUACACAGCGGAGAGAAACCCUACCAGUGCAAGCUGUGUCUGUUGAAGUUCUCGCAGAGUGGAAACCUUAAGCGACACCUGCGCGUACACUCGAGCGGCUAACGAGGGGGAAAUGAGUGCCGCCUCUCCUCCGCGACGAGUAUAUAUCUUA